UAUUUCCAACAAUGCAGUACAAUGUUGAAUGUUACUGACUACUAAGGACCAAGUUUCUGUCUAGUGGAGCAUGAGCAGUAACCAUAUCCCUACUAGUUUCACUUCUCAGCAGUUAGAACUAAUUAAUUCAAUUCCAGUAAAGUAAACAAUGUUUAUUUUAUUGUCACGAGAUUAAAGUGUAUUUGGGAAGUAAUGUUUUCCUAAAUGGUAGUGAUUUGUUAAAAAACAUGUUUCUCAUUAACACGCAUUUCUUAAAGUUAAAAGAAAUUAGAGACCAAUGUCAAAAAUUUAUAAAUCGGUCCUAACCUCUUGUUACUGAGCUAUAUUUCUUAACAAUUUUCGUUUAAUUAAGUUGUUAUAGCAAAAGUCACUUAGGUUUCAAGAACGUUAAUAAGAUUGUGUAAAGUUAAGUUUCGUUUUCCAUCAUGAACAUGGAACAUGAACGGAAUAAUCUGGAGAUGGGAGAAAAUGUUAACUUUGUUACACAAGAUGAAACUUUAAUGCUGGUGGAUUCUGGAGAAGAGGACUGGUAUUGUCUACAUGACAUUACUCUGAAUGGGCAGAUGUUAGAAUAUAAUGGCCAAGGAACCAGUAUACUGGAUGUAGGAUUAGCUCAAGCCAAACAACCUUUAAAUACAACAUCCCAUUAUUUUGAAAUAGAAAUAGUAGAUCCUGGUGAAAAUUGUUUCAUUGCCAUCGGAUUAACAGAAAAGGAUUAUCCAAAAAAUCGGCUUCCUGGCUGGGAUAGAGGAUCAAUUGCUUACCAUGCUGAUGAUGGUAAAGUGUUCAUAGGAUGUGGAGUUGGGGAAAAGUUUGGACCUAAAUGUUACAAAGGAGACACCAUGGGUUGUGGUAUAUCCUUUCCAGUCCCACUAAACCAAAGAACUCACAACUUAUCUUUUGAAGAGUCAAGUAGAGAGCAGGAAGCAAGGAACGAGAGGGCUUCACAAGAUGUCAAGAUAAAUGGUUCUGAUUUCGUAGAGGUGUUCUUCACAAAAAAUGGAACAAUGGUGGGAGUCAGAAGAGUAACGCUUCCAUGUGGUGGAUUUUUGCCUUCAAUUGGAAUGCUAAGUUUCCAUGAAAAGGUUAAAGUAAAUUUAAAGCCCUUAACAGGCUGACAAAUGAACUGUCACCAAGUCAUAACAAUGGCAUUUCUUUAAGAAAACUACAAAGGGCAUGGCGUUAUUGCUUCUCCAAGACAAGCAAGCGUGGGGUCCCACAGCGAGGAAUACUAUAGCGAGGAAUCUGUCAAGAAUCCCACAAAGAAGAAUCUCAUAGGUAGAAAUCUCACAGCAGGGAGUCCCACAACAAGGAAUCCCAUCAUAGUGAAGAAUAUCAUAGCUCAGAGUCCCACAGCAAGGUGCCUAGCUGUAGGAUUCUUUCUUGUGAGUUGCCUCGCUAUGGGACUCUUUGUAGUGAGACUCCGAGCUAUGUGACUGAUUUAUUGACUUUUUCCCAUAAGAAGGAAAAGUGAUGGGAAGAAUACGAAUGGAGGGGAAGGCUAGAUUAGCAUUUCCUGUUUGGGGAGUUUCUCCUUCAUGGGAGGGAGAUUGUUUGCUAAUAAAUGGUUGUCCUCGCACACACUGUCACACGCCCAACCCUGCCUACCUGCUGUCGCUUUUGUUUCGAUGACCCACAUACCAGGCUCUAAUCUGCGAAACUGCUGAUUUUUGUUUUUAUUUUAAGUCAGUAUGUUGUAAUUUUAUAAUUCCACAUUUAAUUUAAUGAAAAUGGAGUCCAAACACAAAAUGCCUACGACAUUCCUGACGUAUCUUACAAAUAAAGGAGUUAGUGAUCAACACACCUUUGUAAUUUCAAUUAUAAUUCUUUAAUAUUUAGUACUUUUUUUAAUAAAUACCUAUUAAUGAAGCAAAUAAAUAAUAUAUUACAAAAGUUUAAAGUUUUAACAAUAUUGUUUAUGAUAAAUAAAAUAGAUCAGUUUUUAAUUUUAUAAUUUAUGUUAAACAUUUAGCUUAAUCAUUAUCGCUAUUAGGUUAACAGUAGGCUAAUUACAUUAUCGGUUUUUGUUCUAAUAUAUUUUACUUAAACUUUAACGACAUUUUUUAUAUAUCACUUUUUAGAGUACCCUAAAACAAUUGUAUGAUGAGCUAUCCUUUGAUGGCAAGAAAGAUAAGGUUUGAUUAAGAUUGGCAUUAGGAUAAUAUUUAUUUUCUAUUUUGAUAGCAAAAUAUUGAACUUUAUUUUGAACUAAUUUAUCUUGGCUUUGAGGUUAUGGUAUCCAACAACUUAAUUGUAAGCCAAGGAUCCUUCCAUCAACUUAAAUGAAGCUGAAAUUUAAUGAGUAUUUAUAUUCAUCUACCAUCCUAACUGAUAGAAACCAUGCCCUGCAAGAUUAUUUUAAUCCUCUGAGCGUCCACCAUCACAUUUUACGUCAAUAUAGCUUUUUAUUAAAUACCAUUGAUGCAAAUUGUGAAAAUAAAUAAGUGCUCGCCAGCAGGCUAGAAAUAAUUGUAUCACUGCUAUUAUCAGAUAAAGUCUAUAGGCCUACCUCGUAUAUUAUAGUAAUUAUAAUCUCAUGAAUUGUUCCUCAGUUUUAGUUUUGGGAGGGUAGAAUUGAUAAUCAGACCCGGUUUUUAUAUUGAUCUUAAUAAACAAUACCUGUAUUGCUUAGAUACAGCCAUAGAGAUAUAAUGAACCGAUACUAAUUAAUUAAUGAAUUUAAUAGUUGCUCAAGACAUAUGAACCAACGUAAAUACAUUUUAAGAUUGUGAACAUUAUAUUUGCUAAGUAAUUUCAUUUAAAGUACAUUGUUAGUUAACUUUAGAAAACUAGCCAAAUUAUCAUUGAAAUGUGAUAACCUGUUUUUUUCUUGGUUUGGAUGUUUGUUUUGUAUGAUUCUUUAGUAUUUAAAUUAGAUUAUUCUUUUUACCUAUUCUACCUGUUUGAUGGUUAUGGUUCCUUUAUUAUUUAUGAUGUUGAGACAUUGUCAUCCUCUAUGUAAACAUCCCAUAUGUAUUAAAGGAAUCUAUUUAAUUUUAAUCAUAUGACUAAUUUAGUAUUUUACAUACGUUGAUAAUUCUAUUAUUCAAUAUAUGAAGUAAUGAAGAUAAUAACUAAACUAUAUAAAACCCGGGUCUGCUUAUCAUGCUCUGCCCCUUUGAGAUAGUAUAUAUUAUGUACGUUACCUAACAUAAAAAGGGAACAUUUAUGGUUAAGAAACAUGAAAUAAGGAAGAUAUGGCGGUUGACUAGGGAAGACUGGCUGGCUUUGGCGUAGGCCAGGUAGUUCUCGGAUAGGCUGGCCAGUCUCUUAAGUAGGUCUGACUGUCAAUUACUUAGUUUAGGUGAGUUUUCAUUAGUUUACCUCCAAUUAAAAACAGUUAAAUUUUACACAAUACUCUCAGUUAGGCUGGUAGGGGCUCAAAUAUACCUGAGAGUCAGGUAGUUAUGUUUAAAAUUAGGUUAUGAUUUAAAGAUUUGGAAGUGGUUAUUGAAAAAUCUGUGAUUAAAGGCACUUUUUUGCCAGUUAUACACAUUAUCAUUUUAGAAAUCUGUAGAUUAUGUUGUACUCUAGCAAAACUAUAACGGUUUAUGGUAAAAGCACCGUUUUUGCUGUUAUAACGUUAUUUUGUGUUUUGAUCAAAUUAACUUAUACAAAUAUUUGCUAUUUAUUUCCAUAGUUUAGUAACAACUGUUGUAUGUAAAUUGUUAUACAGGGUGUAAAAAAGUCCCGCACUGGCUUGGUAACUCCUGAACGAUUACAGGUAAAGCAAUAAAACUUGGUACAUCAUUACUGCAUGGACUGGAAGUAACUUCCAUUUUUUGUCAUAUCAGUAGAAAAUCUUAAAUGAGAGCAUUGUGAUUUUGUUGGUAUGUAAUUGUCUGUUUCUGAACACAGAUUACAAAAGUCUAAAGAAAUAAACAAUAAAAACUGUACAUACAAUAACUUGCAGAACUUACAUGUAUAAUUAUUUAUCAACUUUAAACCAUAAAAAACUGAUUGGUUUGUGAUAUUACAAGCAGUUAUUGUAAAGCAGUUAGAGUUAAGUACUUUUUCAAAAAUAUUGAGUUUUAAUUAUUCUUGUUGAAAUUAAAGUACAAUUUAUAAUAGUGAAUUUAUUGUGUUGCAUUUUGUCCAACUAUAGACUACUAUAUUUUAACAAUAUGUCAGAUAAUAAUUGAGAGGCUUACGAAAUGGUAUGACAUUUUUGUUUUGACCAGACUACUUUUAUGAGGACAGUGGGACUGUAUGAUGGUGCAAAAAAAACAGCUUCAAACUGGUAACUUUAGACACGUCAAAAUAAUCUUAAAAGAGAUUAAAGCAUAAUAAAUGUUCUCUUCUUUGUAAAAUUGUAGGCUAAUAAUUUCUAUCAAGAUUGAUAAUAAAAUCUCUAACAAAUCAUAAAACAUCUAAAACACUCAUCUACACAAUUUUCUGCAAAAUACAGAAUAAGCAAACAUUACCAAAAGUUUUGAAAUAUGCACGCACUAGUGACGCCAUUUAAUCCUGGUGCGACAGAGAGAAUUUCCCUUUUCGACACCAAAGUUCCCUACGCAAUUCAGGCCUUCCGCUCCAACGCCUCGCUGUGGGACUCUUUGUUAAAACAUUCCUCGCUAUGGGAUUCCUUGUUAAAAAAUUCCUUGCUGUGAUACAAUUCAAUAUUCAACGUUAUGGGAGUGUUCUGCGAUUUUACUGUUGUGUGUCACAGCAAGGAAUCCCACAACAAAGAAUUAAACAGCAAAUAUUAUCACAACUAGGUGCCUUGUUGUGACACGCUGAACUAUUAUACGCCUUGCUGUGGGAUUCCUCGCUGUGGGACCAAACCCAAGGAAGCACCAGAAGCAAGAAAUGCUGUUGGCACAGGAAGUGAUGUGGUGAUACUUUAUUGUGAGAACAGUAUUAGUUACUGCUGUAAUGAUACGGGUACUAGUAAUGACAGACGUUAACAUCUCUGAACAUUACGAAUGUUAGUGUUUAAGUCCACACUCAUGCAAUAUUUUUGAUACAGUAUAGUGGUACUGAACUUUGUCAAAAUAUUGAGAAUAAACCAUUCUUAUUUCUUAG